UCUAGCCCUUAAACGUGGCUGCACAUCAACACCACCCUCAGAGACCAGGACAGGAUCCCAGAGCAGGAGCUUGCCCAAGGCUGCUCAAACACCAGAUGUCAGGAGGAGAAAUGCCAGUAGUGCUGCACAAGAGACGCUCCAGGAACUCACCAUCAACCUCUUCUGGAUCCAACGUGGCACAGCCAGAAACUGUCCCCAAGGAAAAAGAGUGCAUGCUGUGCCACCAGACCCAGGCGGACACCGACAUCUGCGGGGACAAGAGAGUGAAGUUCAAGCUCUGUGUCCACAUCUACUGCCAGAUCUUCGCCAGCGGGCUUUACCCACAAGAAGACACUGGAAAAUUUCUUGUUGGGGACACCAGGCGUAUCAUCAAAGAGGCAGCCAAGAAGAGCUGCUUCAUCUGCUGCAAGAUGGGGGCCUCCAUCACCUGCUGUGGGACGGGCUGCGACCGCACCUUCCACCUUCCCUGUGCCCCACACGGCCAAUGUGUCACCCAGUACUUUGGGGCCUACAGGUCCUUCUGCUGGGAGCACCGCCCACACCAGGCACUGCAGCCACGUCCAAGCCAGGACAACACCUGCAGCAUCUGCCUGGACACUGUGGAAAAUAAAAUCUCCUACAAAACCAUGGGGUGCCCCGCGUGCCAAGACGCCCGCUUCCACCGGCACUGCAUCCAGAGACUGGCUCUGCACUCUGGCAUCGGCUUCCGAUGCCCGUGUUGCCUGAACCAAGACCCAUUCACGAUGGAAAUGCUCAUUGUGGGGAUCCGACUCCCUAAGAGACCCCCAUCGUGGCAGAGUGACCAAGAGGUCGGACCCUCGGAUCAGAGGCACGGCCGCUGCGAUGCCACAACGUGCCUUUGUCCGGGAGGCAGGGAGCACGUGAAGGCAGACGGGUAAGCUGCCACAGCACCAAUGUGAAAGGGAUCUGCUCCCCACAGGCUCUGCGAUGUAGAACCAAGAUCACGGGCUCUGCCAUCCCUUGCUAUGUCCCUUUGUUCUCACAGCCUCCUUGCUCCUCCAGACCCUGGCAGCUGUGGCUGUGCAGCUCCUGCACUGCUGAGGGCACCCACCAACUCUGCUCCUCUCUGGGGGACAGCACGUGCUCCUGGGAGUGCAGCACCUGUGCUGCCACGGACACUGGUAGGCAUCAAAGCGCUCAGUGCUGUGCAGUGCAGACAGGGGCCGGGAUGGACCUGACAGCAGGACCUGCAGCACAUGGCUUGGCUCCAAGAGGGCUCUGGAUAGCUCAGUGGCCUCUCCAGCCUGCAGCCUGGGGGCUGUCCUGAUGACCUCCCUCCUGACCCUCUUUGCAGGUUCCUCUGGAAAAUCAGAGCUUGUGAGCACCAAAAUUUCCAGCCAGAAACUGCUAAGAAUGUUCCAGAGCACGGUGCUCCUCAAGAGCAGCUCCUCCAUCAGCCCUCAAGGGCAGGCCUUGAAGCAGCACUACCCUGAGGAAGAAAUACCAUCGGGGACAAUGGACAGCCCUCCUGCCAAACCCCACAGGGACGAGGACGAGCCGGCACACAGUGCUGACACCUGCAAGCCCAGCACUUCCAGCCAGGCGGCAUCACGGCUGUCCCAGGGCGAGUGUCCUGUCAAGAGCAGCAGCUCUUCCUCUUGCCCCCGGCACACCUUCAAACGGGGCUACCCAGAGGAGGACAAUGACUCUGGGAUAUCACACGGCCCACCCGCAAAACGCCGCAGGAUUGACAAUGGGCUGGCCCAGAGCGCUGGCGAAAGCGGCCCCAGCACUUCCAGACAGGCAGGGUCGGGGCUGUCUGAGGCCACUCUGGCUGCCAACAGUCAAGCAGCACAACGGCCACGACACCCAUACAGACCUCCAUGGAUCUUCCACGGAUCCACCACGGACAACCGCUCCCAGCCUGGGCCAAUCCGCAUGAGACACGUCUGGCGGCAACAACGGCGGGCAAAAAAGCCCUACAGCCGGCUACAAAAAAACCAGCUCAAAUUGUCAGCCAGCCCAAAGCCCUCAUCACCCUCGACCAGCAAACACAGAGAGACAGCUAAAUAGAGACAGGCAGAGUGAUACAUACACACAUUCAUAGGUACAUAGAUACAGAGAUGAGAAAUUAAGACACUAGGAGAACCCCCACACCUUUUCCAGCAGUUCUCCUCAGCCUUCUUUCAAGCCUCUCUUAGAGGAAAGAACAUGGAUCUAUGUCCCCAGGGUUGGCUGCACCUUCCAGUGUGCCAGCUGCCAACCCUGGCUGCCCAGCACCAUGGCCAUGCCCUUCAGGUCUUGCUGACUUUGAGAGGCUGCUGCUGUCAGUGGCCCUGCAGGGCAGUGCCCGGCUCCUGUGCCAUGUUCAGACCCCAGAGCUUGGCUGCACCCACAGCCUCUGCCUGGCCAGCAGGCCCUGUCCAGGUCCCAGCACCCCUCCAUGUCCUGGGCACCAUCAGCACCCCAGCCAGGCUGCUGCUGGUGCUACUACAGCAAAUAUCACAGUUGGUACAGGAGAUGACAGGACAAAGACUUGUGGGCUGAGGCACUUCAAUCAGCAAAAGAAAUCACAACAAAUCUUACAGAUGAUGAAAAGGCCACAACCAGCAACCCCAUUAUAAUAAACAAAGUUCCCAGUGCCCCCGGGGUCACUGGAGGGGGGGAACACUGGAACUGUUGCUAUCUCUAGUUAAGUACUGAUAUUGAAAUGUUGAUCAGCUAAUUGCUCUGUUUUUUUUCUCUAAACUACCUGGAGAUCACCUACCCCCCACCCACACUGCCAUUCUAGGACUAAGAUGCAAAUAUGGAAACCCAUGGAACCAAAGGGAGCGUGUUUUGGGGAAUAAGGACACCCCUAAGUGGAGAAUAGAGGGGGCUGGACAGGUACAGUAUGCUGGCUGAGAAAGAGGAAAACACAUCCCCCAAUCGACGUUUGACCUGUCACCAUCACCUACAGAAGACUAGACUAGAGUGGGCUGUGGAAAGCAGGAACAAAGAGACAAGAUUUUCCUGGUGUUCCCAUGAGGAAAGGAGAGGGGACAACUGCAACAGACUCUGCACCCCUCCUGACCCUUUGGAUACCCGGAAAAGCCACAACAGCAGAGGUGAGCUCCAUGUCGUGUCCCCUGCCCAGCUAACCUUUUAAUAAAGAGCUGAACAUUA